UCUUGUUAUGACUGCAAGGUCCUGUUUCAAUCACUGGCGUCAGACGGACGCACGACACCAACUCAAACCUUUUCACCUUCGCCUCAACAACGUAAAUAUUGAUUGAAACGCGAGGCAUUACCGAAAAACUUCUGGGUGUUUCACUUUGUAAGCGCCUCACGAGACUUCAGGAGUUUCCUUCGUCGUGUCACUUUGAGGUUCCGACGGAUUUUUUCGCUUUUACUUGCCGACACUUGGAGAAAUAACUUUUCCUGUAUUAUAUCAGUGUGUCUCAUAAAGAAGACCCGCCUGUAACCUUCGCUGCUUGUAUCCCUGCUACAUUUAACGAAUAUUAAAAUCAUUUUCGCCAGUUUCAUGCUCCUUCCCAACUUUUUCCCUUUUCUUUGAAUGCGUUGCAAAUAUGAUGAUGUCACCGACGCCACUUUUUCCUGAAGUUAUGGCGGAGCACAACUUUUCUAACUUCUCUUGACUACUGUGAGUACUUGGCUUUACUAAUGGAGCACCUCCAGGGAGCGUGGAAGACUUUGAGCAACGGCUUCGGUAUGAAGGAUUCUGCGUUUGAGGGCCCAUGCCUCUCCCCAACCAUGGUCCAGGGCUUUCCCUGCCAGCGUCGCUCCUCAGACGACAGCAAGAUACCAGAUUCCAAGGCUAGCAGCACUAUCCGUGUCUACCUCCCAAACCAACAGCGCACUGUGGUAAAUGUGCGGCCAGGUAUGACUCUGUACAGCUGCCUGAUUAAAGCAUUAAAGGUUAGAGGUCUGCAGCCGCAGUGCUGUGCUGUCUUUAGGCUGCAUCCAGGACAGAGGAGUAAAAAGCUCCGGAUGGACUGGAACACUGACUCCGCCUCACUUAUUGGUGAAGAGCUGCUGGUGGAGGUUUUAGAUCAUGUUCCUUUGACAACCCAUAACUUUGUCCGGAAAACAUAUCUGAAACUAGCAUUCUGUGAUAUUUGCCAGAAGUUUCUUUUGAACGGUUUCCGUUGCCAAACGUGUGGCUACAAAUUCCACGAGCAUUGUAGCACCAAAGUUCCCACGAUGUGCGUGGACUGGAGCAAUAUCCGUCAACUUCUGCUGUGUCCAACACCUGGUGAGAGCUCCGGCCCAUCACUGCCCCCGCUGACGUCCAGGCGAAUGAGAGAGUCCUUAACACGAUUUCCCAGCUCAGCCCACCGAUAUUCCACCCCUCACGCCUUCAACUACACCACACCCUACCCACCCACAGGCGGUGGUCUCUCCCAGAGGCAGCGCUCCACCUCCACUCCCAACGUCCACAUGGUUAGCACCACCCUGCCUGUAGACAGCAGCAUGAUUGAGGAUGCAUUGCGUGGUCAUGAUUCGGCGGGCAGUUCCCCCAACCAGAGCCCUACUGGUUGGUCCCAGACCCAGUCCAAAGCCCCUGCUCCAGCCCAGCGUGAGAGGGCCACAUCCUUCAACACUCAGGAGAAAAAUAAGAUUAGGCCUCGAGACAAGAGGGACUCCAGCUAUUACUGGGAGAUCGAGGCCAGCGAGGUGUAUCUACACUCCCGCAUUGGUUCAGGCUCUUUUGGAACUGUAUACAAAGGGAAAUGGCAUGGUGAUGUAGCAGUGAAGAUUUUAAAGGUGACCGACCCCACACCAGAGCAGCUGCAGGCAUUCAGGAAUGAAGUUGCAGUCCUGAGGAAAACACGACACGUCAACAUCCUGUUGUUCAUGGGCUACAUGACAAAAGACAACCUGGCCAUUGUGACCCAGUGGUGUGAGGGCAGCAGCCUCUACAAACACAUUCACGUCUUGGAAACCAACUUUAAGAUCAUCCAGCUCAUAGACAUUGCCAGGCAGACAGCGCAGGGCAUGGACUAUCUGCACGCAAAGAACAUCAUUCAUCGUGACAUGAAGUCAAACAACAUCUUCUUGCAUGAAGGGCUAACAGUGAAAAUUGGGGACUUCGGUCUCGCUACGGUGAAGUCCAGAUGGAGUGGUUCCCAUCAGGUGGAGCAGCCAUCUGGAUCCAUUCUCUGGAUGGCUCCUGAGGUUAUCCGGAUGCAGGAUAACAAUCCGUACAGCUUCCAGUCAGAUGUCUAUUCCUAUGGAAUAGUUCUCUUUGAGCUCCUGACGGGAGAGCUCCCAUACUCUCAUACAGCAAACAGAGAUCAGAUAAUUUUCAUGGUUGGAAGAGGCUAUUUGUCUCCAGACCUCAGUAAACUCUACAAGAACUGCCCCAAAGCCAUGAAAAGGUUGGUAGCCGACUGCAUCAAAAAGUCCAAGGAUGAGAGGCCGCUUUUCCCGCAGAUCUUGUCCUCCAUUGAGCUUCUUCAGCAUGCCCUCCCGAAGAUAAACCGCAGUGCCUCAGAACCGUCUCUGCACAGAGCCUCUCACACUGAGGACAUUAACGCCUGCACUCUGACCUCCACCAGACUGCCUGUUUUCUAGACGCUCGGACUGCACUGCCCUUCCUCUCCUCCUCUUUGAAAUAUCCAAAAACGGCUAAAAUCUCUACAAACCGAUGCCAAUAUAUGGACCUAGAAAUGUGCUUGCAAUCAUAAAACCCCUCUGAUCAAAAAGGUAAAGAGACAAAGAGAGAAGGAAGAUGAUCAGAAAAUUAAAUGGUAGUCAGUGAUUACAGAUUUCAGGCCUGCAGGAGAUCCCUCGAGGGGCUUUCUUGCUUAACGCUGCACUUAUUAAGAAGUUUGCAAAGGCCUCAUGUUGCCAAUGCGCCUGGCAAUGUUAGAUGCUUUUGUUUUGUAAAUACAUGCACGCACACCUACCUAAGACAAUGAUAAAUGGAGACUGAAGGAAGCUCAAAAGAAAAACAGAUUGUGUAUUUUUCUCUUGACUCUGCGAUGUGAAGCACACCCUUCUACAUGGCCGUCCUGGUUUCUGAUGAAGAGGACCUUUGAAGCUUAAAAUGCCUUAUGAGGAAACAAUGCCUGGACUAUGAUCCCGCACAAUUCACCUCCUCUUCUCAUCACAAACAGAACUGUUGGAUGUAGUCCAUUUAGUUGCACAGUAGUAGUUUAUUUUUGCAUUGUCUUAAAUGAUAAUGGAGUAGAUACGGGAAAUCUUUUUGUUAUUGUUGAUCUUUUGUCUUUAUUCUUUGGGUUUGGAGGAAUUAUUGUCUGUCAGACAGCGAGCAUGAGUGGUGAUGGAAAAACUGAAUUUGCACAUGUUAGCAAAAGCGUUGUUUUCCAACAGUCUGCUCACAUCGGCUCCAUCGCUCAGAGUAAACUGCUCUGCUGAUUUCCACACAUUCUCAUCUAUCCUCACUGUGGGUUCUUUACCAGGAGCUGGACAUUUGGCGGUUGUCUUAAAUAUUUAAAAUAAUUUGGAAACUAAUUUGUAUUUGUUUAUCAUGUCUCUUUCAGGAGGUUAAACGUUUUAUUGUGAACUUGGUGAGAGAGUUGUUUAUUCAGUAUUUUAAUAAAAUUAAGUUAAAUUCCUUUGCCAAAGAAAUUGCUUCAU